CAUCCAAAUUGACACUGACGUAGAGGUUGUUUUGGAGUGGUUUGGACUAUCAUCUGCAAGUUCAUAUUUAUUUUAUAAAAAUUUGCACAUUUUGACGUGCUUGAAAUAUUGUAUUUGUUAAAAUUUUUACCUGAGGAAUAAAUUAAAAUGGGUAAAACCUCAAAAGAUAAAAGAGAUAUCUAUUAUAGGUUAGCUAAAGAAGAAGGUUGGCGUGCCAGAAGUGCAUUCAAACUAUUGCAAAUAAAUGAAGAAUAUAAUAUAUUUGAAGGCGUUUUGCGAGCUGUAGACUUAUGUGCAGCUCCAGGCAGUUGGAGUCAAGUGUUGACUAAGAAAUUAAGACAAAACACUGCGAACGAAGAUGAUGUUAAGAUAGUCGCUGUUGAUUUGCAGGCCAUGGCGGCGUUACCAGGCGUAAAGCAAAUACAAGGAGACAUAACUAAGUUGUCUACAGCGAACGAAAUAAUCAAAGAAUUUGAAGGUCUGAAAGCUGACUUAGUGGUAUGUGAUGGAGCCCCCGACGUAACUGGCUUGCAUGAUAUUGAUGAAUAUGUACAGUCUCAGCUUCUACUAGCAGCCCUAAACAUAACUACACACGUACUUAAAACACAUGGUGUAUUUGUUGCCAAAAUAUUUAGAGGAAAAGAUGUAACAUUGUUAUAUUCACAGUUGAAACAAUUUUUUGAAUUUGUCACAGUUUCAAAACCUAGAAGCUCCAGGAAUUCUAGUAUAGAAGCUUUUGUAAUUUGCCAGAACUAUCAGCCACCAGAAGGGUACAUUCCAACUAUGGUCAAUCCAUUACUUGACCAUAAAUAUUGUGAUUUUAAUCAAUUUACUGGCCCAAAUAGAUUUAUUGUUCCAUUUAAUGCAUGUGGUGACUUGAGUGCAUAUGACUCUGAUACAUCAUAUCCUUUACUAUUAGAAGGACAAACUAGUUAUGAAUAUAAAGAACCAGUGCAAUCUCCUAUAAAUCCUCCAUACAAAGAAAUAUUGGAGAAAACAAAAAGUAUACAGUUAUCAAAAUAGUUUUUUGUUAUAUAAUGUUAAGUUAUUUACUUUUUAUUUAAGUUAUAAUUAGUUAAGCUUAUUAAAUACUACAAAAAAUAUU